UCAGCAAAGUUAUGUCGGAUAGCUCUAGAGAUAAAAUGAUUAGACUCUCUGAAAAGCCUAUUUUUGCCAAGAGAUCUUUUGAAAAGAUAAAUAACUUCAAUACCAAGGAAAGUUCUAUUGCAUCUGAAGUGAAGAUGAGUUUUAGAACCACUUUUCAGGCAUGAAGAAAACCAGACAGAUUGGAUUUACCUCCCCUUAAAAUUAAAAAGAGAGAAAACAAUAAAAUGAUUUUAUCUGAAAGUUUAGUCCAAAACAUUGAAACUCAUCGUGCUUUUAGCUCAGCAAGAUCCUUUGCCCCAGCGAAAACUAAUGUGAACUUCUAUUAAAAACGAAUAAAUUAGUCGAGCCUAUUAAUUCCUUAAAAAGUUUAGAGAGGCCAAAGAACAGAGGAAAUAAAAAUCAAACUGGGCUUGAUCUGAGGCUUGGAACACCUAUUACAAAAAUAAAGAUCAAAUCCUUUGAGUCAAAAGAUGAGUCUUAUCUGAAUGAAAAUAGGAGAAAACGUUCAAAUAAGAUAUCGUUAUCUCUCAAUCCUUUAAAAUAAUACACUAGCAACCAGCAUAAGAAAAUACAAAAAUGGAGCAAAAUCUGAAUUAAAACAACGAAAGAAGGAUUUAAGUCAAAUUUCUAUAAGCCUCGGUGCAUACCUCUGCAACAACUCAAGUUUCACAAUAGAAGAAGUAGAUGAAGACGAUCCUCGGGACCCACAGCUCAAACUUCCCAAAAUUGACAUCCCUAAAACAAUCCCAAGUCGAAAUUUUGACUCUGAAAUACUAAACAUCAGCGGCCCCAAUUACCAAGCCUAUAAAGACCCUAACAAAAGAAGCCAUAAAAUCCAAAGUUGGAUAUCUACCAAAGACUCUUUGUAACUGUAAACCAAAUGGCUCUAACCUAACACUGA